AUGAAAUCCGAUCAGAGUCUUAUUUUCAAGGCAAAGCUUCCUAUUCUCUGCCCGCGGAAAAAGAAAAAUGAAACCAAAGACGUUGUUUUGACACUUGAUCAGCUCAAGAUUCACUCUGGACCAGUGUUUCGCCUCUCGAGCAUAACGUCCCUUGAACACACGCAAAACGGAGAGGCACACCUUGUUACGGUUUCGACAGGUGAAACGUCCGCUACGUUUACUUUCACAAAGAUAUUGGAUCAACGAAUCAUGUUCGCCAUUCUCACUGUAGCCACGAACCCUAAGUUUAGGAAUUUUUUUGCUGCUGGGAUCCCUACAGCAGUUUUGGCAUGUUUUGGAGACAUCAUCUUUAACGGUACAGUGUGCCUUGAGUAUCUCAUUUCAAUCUUUUCAGAUGAUCCCGGGAUGGCUCUCUCGGGGUCGGGAUCCGUCCACUCUUCAAAGUCACCAAAGCAUCUAUCUCCCCAACAAUCCCCUAGAUUAACUCCAGAACAGCGCAGUAUCUUUUUAGACUCGGCUCCCAAGACCUACACAACUCUCUUCAAUUGCCUAUCGGACCAGGGGACAUAUGGAAUGUCCUCUAUACACGUCGUCUGUUCCUUUGACAGGGUCGACAUGCUUAGGCUUCUUUUCUCUGCAGGUAUGAACAUCAGCAUGCAGUCCUCACAGGAGCGGGGUAAGCAGACUCCUUUGCAUUACUGUCUACAUGAUGAGAAGGGGAGCGUCCAAUGCUUCACAUAUCUAGUAAGGGAGCUCAAUGCAUCUACUCACAUAGAAAAUGCAUAUGGGUUGACUGUCCUUGAGAUCAUAGACGCCCAGUGGCCCGGGACAUAUUACCACUCCCUUCUGGACCAACGGAACGACGUCUUAAGCAACAGGGGGAGCGCUCAGGGAAGUAUAUGUAGCGUAGAGGACUAA